AUGGCGCGACCAAUAUCCGAACUAAUCAAUACCGCUGAUCCUGGUAUCAAUCUGAUCCACGAAUGGGCACGAGACAAUAGUGAGCCGUGUGAAAUUCUGCCGCCUGAUGAAGGCUUGCGCAGCGACAUUCUAUUGCAACUGCAGGUCACGACACGCUCAAUUCUCGGCGCAGUGGCCUACGAAACCGGCGGCAUCCUGGCGCUCAACAAACGGGUGCGAAUACUCGGAUCUGGCUCAGACCGCUCUCUUCUGACUGCCAAUGGGACGAUUGGAGGCCAUAGUGGACUUCUUAUUGUCGGCGAUGAUAUAUUGGGCGGCGCUUUUGCACUCAAUGGUGGGCACUUUGGCAAUGAGGCGAUUGGCCAGAUCUAUUAUCUUGCAGCCGACGAUCUUGUCUGGACUUCCCUUGACGUCGGCUACACGGACUUUAUCUAUUACUUCGAGUCAUAUGUGCAAGAGCCUCCGCCUUUUAAUAAGGCACUCUCCAUCAUUCCUUUUCUUUGGUCUAAAGAAUCUCGCAAUGGUCCCGUGAGUGUCGCGGUUAUUGACGCUACCGAGGCAGUAAACGUCCACAUUGACAUCGCAGGCCAACUCACUGAAGAAGCCUCAUAA